CGAACUUCUUGACAGAUCCGACUUCAGAUUGAGAGAAUUCAAGAUGGCUGCUACAGGUUCUAAGUAAAGGGCUAACUCCUCUGUCCCUGCUGUGCAUGAAGCUCUCCUGAGGUUGUGGUGUCUCAGUGCUGUGUCCCUCAGCUCCUCCUCCUUUUCAUCAUGUCCUCCACCUCCUCCUCCUACUGCUCCUCAGGGGAGACCAGUCCGGAGGAUGUACCCAGAGGUGGGGGCACUAUCCGAGUCUACCUCCCCAAUAAACAGAGGACAGUGGUCAAUGUCCGCCAAGGACAGACAGUGCACGAGAGUCUAGAUAAAGCGCUCAAAGUGAGAGGCCUAAGCCAAGACUGCUGUGCUGUAUUUCGCCUUUUAGAAGGUCGGAAGAGACUGACAGACUGGGAUACAGACAUCACUCCUCUGGUUGGUGAGGAGCUUUUAGUCGAGGUCCUGGAUGAUAUUCCCCUCACAAUGCACAACUUUGUACGGAAAACUUUCUUCAAGCUGGCUUACUGUGAUUUUUGCCACAAGUUUCUUUUUAACGGCUUCAGAUGUCAGACAUGUGGCUACAAAUUUCACCAGCACUGCAGCAGCAAGGUGCCUACUGUAUGUGUGGAUAUGGAUACAGUGAGCAAAAGGGGUGAGACCAAUCCCUGCACAGAUGAAUUUCCACGGAUACUAUUGACAGAAAAUUCCCCGUCUCAGAGCAACUUAGCCUUAACCCCAGAGCCUGCUGGAAUGGGCCUCCUGUCCCCGACCUCGACCUUUCACUUCCCCAUGUCAGGUGGAGAUGGUCAGUCUCUACAGAGGCACCGCUCCACCUCCACUCCCAAUGUUCACAUGGUCAGCACCGUGGGCCCUGCUAAUGCCAGCAUCAUUGAGGAAGCACUAAAAUUACACAACACAAUGGGCCCUGAGCCGUCACCGAAGCCCUCCACCAGUCCACCCUCUUCUCUUGGAUCUCCAGGAAGGAGACCACCCAAGUCCCCUUCAGAGCACAAGGAGCGCAAACCCUCCUCAUCUGACGACAAAAAGAAAGUACACCGAGGUGCCUACAGAGACUCAACUUACUACUGGGAAGUCCACUCUCGAGAGGUCAACAUCCAGAAGCGAAUAGGUGCUGGCUCUUUUGGAACUGUCUUUAAGGGCAAAUGGCACGGAGAUGUGGCAAUCAAGAUACUCAAAGUCAAAGAGCCAACGCCUGAGCAGUUACAGGCAUUCAAAAAUGAAAUGCAGGUCUUACGGAAGACCCGCCACGUCAACAUCCUGCUGUUCAUGGGCUAUAUGACUAAGCCCAACUUUGCCAUCAUCACACAGUGGUGUGAAGGCAGCAGCCUGUAUCGCCAUCUGCAUGUCACAGAAACCAAGUUUGACACUAUGCGUCGCAUUGAUGUGGCCAGACAGACAGCACAGGGCAUGGAUUAUCUUCAUGCGAAGAACAUUAUUCAUCGCGACCUGAAAUCAAACAAUAUUUUCCUCCACGAGGGCUGGACUGUCAAGAUUGGUGACUUUGGCUUGGCCACAGUGAAGUCUCGGUGGAGCGGCUCCCAACAGGUUGAACAGCCCAGCGGGUCCAUUCUCUGGAUGGCUCCUGAAGUGAUCCGAAUGCAGGACACCAACCCGUACACGUUCCAGUCUGAUGUAUAUGGCUAUGGAGUAGUGCUGUUUGAGCUGAUGUCAGGGACCCUGCCUUACUGCAAUAUCAACAACAGAGACCAGAUAAUCUUCAUGGUUGGACGCGGUUACGUGUCUCCAGACCUAAGUAAGCUGUAUAGUACCUCACCUAAGUCAAUGAAAAGGCUUAUUAUUGACUGCCUGAAGUUCAAGCGUGAUGAGAGGCCUCUGUUUCCACAGAUCCUGGUAGCCAUUGAGCAGGUGCAAGAACUGCUGCCAAAAAUUGAGCGGAGCCGCUCAGAGCCAUCGCUCCAUCGGGCCGUCCAUGCUGAGGACCUGAACCCCCUCCUUUUCCACACCACCAGGCUAAUGCCCCUCUAAGCUCCCUGCAGCACUGAGCAGAGAGGCUGUCACCUUGUCCAAAACCACAGCAUUCCCGUGCCUCAGAGAGGCCACAGCUGGCUGCCCUGACAGGCCACGACCCACAACUAACUCUCCAGCAAAGCUCAGUAACAAACUGUAGAAAUAACUUUAACGUCUUUCUUAGUCUAAUAGUGAGUCUUCUCUUCCUUUACACAAAUGACUAAGACCUGACUGCCAGGGGGAAGAACGGUAUAUAGAUGUAUGUUAAAAUGUUUGACAUCAGGCCAACUGAGAAAAUCUAUUGAACAGGUUGACUUGCAUUUGACAAUCUGACCUACAGGGAGGCAUAUUCAACUGUUGUCAGAAAAAUAUGACAACCACAUUAUGUGCAUAUACACUGCAAAUAUUUUGUUUCCCAUUUUCAGUGAUAAAUUAGUCUUACUCAGACCCUUUAGGUACACUGUGAUCAUAGCCAAAAUGUAAAUCAGUUCAACAGCCAUAAAGCUGGGGCUGCUGGUGCAGGUCACUUGAUCAGCUUACAUCUUAAAAUGCUCAGUUGUCAUGUGCCCCUUUCAAUGUAAUGCAACAUAAAUGGGACUGGAGACCUGAAAUGUAAAGCUAGUGAUGUGAAAGCAAAUGAAAUGCCUGUUUUAGAAGUUUUUGUAGAAGAUUGGACAUUUUCUUUCAAUAGGAGCUUCCAGUAUUUACUGCUUUUGCAAAUAUUUCCACACCACAGUAACAAACCUACAAGAGCACACAGGAGGUGAAACUCAAAGUUGAAAAGGCUGACAACAGGAACAGGUAACAUGAGACACUGAACUUUGCAAAAAGGAGGUUUAGUGAAAACUCAACAUGUAUGAUAGUUACCUUGUUGAAACAGUCUGUGGCCAUAGAGUGCAGCAGUGAAAGAUCUGAAAGAGAGAAUAAAAGUCUGUCAGAUGACAUCGUCUUCCACAAAUGGAAAACACUUACACAAAACUCACUCAUUACGGUAAAUGUGGUCAAGUAGGGGGGGACAAAGUUCCUAUUAAUGGUGCGGUAAACUAAUAAUUAGCCAAUAGCCAAAUAACCAUUUGACAUUUGGGGGUUGGGUAGCAAACCAAGCAGGGCCUGGAGAAAAUUGGCUGUAGAUCCAAAUAAAGACAUUGUGAAAGCACACUAUUGUUUGAGGGGUAGAGAGGCAUUGACAUCACUUAAUACUCUAUUCAGUCUUAAAAUCUUAUCGAUUGGCUACAACACAACAGGUAGUGUUAAACUGGUUUCACUAAAUGAGCACUUUAAAAAGAAUACUGCCCCAUCAGUCAGUUCCUCAAACUAAUGACACUUGUCAUGACAUUUACCCUAUGCCACUAGACUGAUUUAUUUGGCCCAGUUGUUUUGCAGUAAAUACAGAAGCUCACCCUGAUACUUAAUUUUUCUAAACAAAAAUAUGAGAAGUUUUGCAGUAAAACCAAGCAGAUGGUUGAUGAGAAUCUCAACAUGAUUUUAAGGGCUCAGUUACAGACUAAGUAUUUGUCCACUUGUGUAAAACUAGCAGGUCAUUUAUUGGUCUAACCAACACAAUGGCAGGAAUACAUUUCCAUGCUGAUGAACACAGCGUACAGCUGACAGCAAAGCACAGCCACAGGUUCAAGAAAUAUGAAACGGUUCGAUUGCUUUCCUAGUUUUACUAGAAUGUCAUCAGAUUGCAGAUGAGAUGGUUUUAGUUCAUGUUGUCAACGGCAUUAACAUAUUAGCAUGUGUGCAGCAUUAACACUGUAUUAUCACGGAGUAACUUGGGUAACUAGCUGCUCUAAUUUGGACUUGGGUAGGUGUGAGGAGUAUUUAAUGUUCUGCAACAAAUUUGGUGUGGGUCAAAUGAAGCAGACUGUGGGACGUGUUAUUGUGUCAUCUAAACACGAAGGUGUUACAGCUGCCAGCAUUCAACAUGUCAGUCUCUUGAGUCUCAACAUGAAGUCGUGCAAAUCUGGAACAUGGUGACCCUUUUAGAAGCGUUUUUUUUUUUUUUUUCUUGAAGGCACUGAUGGUGCUGCUCUCUGUUACACACAGGAAAAGCGAUGGAAAUAAUUCAGGUUCACAACCUGCUUGCUUUCACUGCUGCAUAAAGUAGAUGUGUCUGUAAGAUUACUCUCAAAUUUAAAAAUUGUCAGGACCGCUCGUCUAUUGUGGAAAAGUGAAAAUCAGGUGAUAUUUCUUUCAGUAAGAGUUGGACAAUGUACACUGUCACCUUCAAUAGUAGUCAGUGUGUAGAGAACAAACAUGUUGUAUCACUGUAGCAGAGUGACAACCAAGAGUGGCUCCCUGCCUGUGUGCUGUACGUUGGAACAGAAAGUGGUCUAAGAAACUGUGAUUAUCACAGUCUUUCUUGUCUGAGCCUGUUCAUUAGUACAACGCGUGACUUGUUGAUCAUGGUGCUCACAGUGUGAUUCCUGAGGAGGUCUCUAACUAUUUCCUGUUUUCUUUAAACUGACGUAAAAAAAAAUGUGUAUCUUGUUUAGGAUUGCAUUUGACCCUGCUUAGCACUCAGGUGUACGCUGCUCCUUGAUGCAAUAUAUUUCCAGCAGAUGAGGUUGUAUCAUAACUUUGGUUUAAUGGUGAAAACAAGCUGCCUUACACAACUGUUAGUUGAGCUUAAAGGGCUUCAGGAUUCAGCUAACGUUGCUGUGCUGUUUUAAUCAUUGCACCUUGUAGACACAGGCAGAGUCAUUUAUGAAACACUGUUUCUCUUUAACAAGGCCGAGCCUCCACAUGGUCGAUAAAGCUAAUCCCAUGCAGCAUGGAUCUGUCAAGAGUAGACAUGGUGGAGGGAGCCAGGGCUGGUCUGUCUGUCUCGAACCACAGUCGGAGCUGCUUUUGCUCUUGGCCUGUGUGAAACUAUUUUGAAUUACGGCUGCAUUCACAUUAGCGUCUCUGUCAUUGUUAAUGAUAUGAUUUGAUUUCUGCUUUGUGUUCUCAGGUUUGGCAUGCUCCAAGUCAUUGUCAGAUUUUUAAAUACAAAUAUAAGCCAUAAUUGUUCUCUCAUGCAGUUUUGAAGAAGUAACCUACAGAACUCAAAGCCUCUUCUUCAACCAAACAGCUGACAGUGUGGUGUCAGUGACAUCAACAGGGUAGGGCUUUCAGGUGAAGUGUGUCUCAGAGUCACACCUGAUUGCCAGUUAGUACAGUCAGUCGUACGAAGCAUCACUAGCUUUCCAUCCAGCUACUUUAAUUUGCACAAUCUGAAUGAAACUGCUUGAUUGAGGGACACCAAAGGAUACAGAAAAAUGGAAAUUUGGCAGUUGUUUGAUGGAUGAUGCUUUCUGUGGUUCAGUGACACUUCACCCACAUGUUCAGAGUUAUCUGAGUGCUUUCAAUACUGUUUACUUGGAUGCUGACAGUUCAUGUUGGACUGUGUACUGGCAGUAUGGAACAAACUCAUCACAAAGGUCCACUGAGUUGCUGUCCUGGACUGAUAGGACUGUCACUUUUUUCAAAAAUUGAAGUUUGAAGUAAUUAAAGCGCAGUCCAUAUCACCUUCAAUAUAGACUGUACUGAAUGUGGUAUUGAUCUUGCUCUCCCACUGGUGAGGACCUUGUUGUUUAAUAAUAGGCAGUCAGAUGAAGCUGUGCAGUUAACGUUCACUUGUUUGUGGUGCCUUCACUGCUUCCUUUGGGUGGCAAGUAAGCAGUUUUCUCCCAACUGUCAACCUCCACAUUUAUUAAAUAGCUCUAUUCCUCAUGUCAGUCAGGCAGUUGUAGGUCAAGCUGCUCCCUCUGCUGGACCACAACACAGACUGCUACUGCCUGACAUGCCCACAGACUGUCAUUUUUGAAAACUGUGUAUUUAGUUCUUCCUUAUAUAAAGAAUGUUGAGUGAAAAGUGACAGCCGUAGCAACUAAGUGAACCUUGUGGUGAGCUUGUUUUCUCAUCUGAUUACGUUCAAAUUCUCUAGUCUUUCAAGUGUUUCUGUUUUGACUUCGGGCCAUGGUAUCUGCUGAAACUCCCAUCAAUCCCAUGUAGUCAUGUGACUGUAGGCUGAUGCACAGCUGAAAGAGCCCUAUUUUGGUUUAAGUACAGCCUCCAUGUGAAGGAAGAGCAACUCACCUCUCAAUAUUCUCUGUUCUUUCAGAAAUUCCCACCAGAGCCCUUACACAGACUUUUUUUUCUUUUUUAAUUUAAGAAUUUCAUAUUUCCACAGAUUUAGUUAGUUCAGUGCUUUUUGUUGUAAAUGGUAAUUUUGGAGGUAUUAGCGUGGUGGUAUUAAUGAGUCUUAUGGUUUUUAUUGUCACACUCUAGUGUAAAUGGAUUAGCAGCAGCUGUGGGGGUGAUGUUCAGAUGGUGUUGGUGGUGUUCUGGCCAUGCUUCUCUGUAUACUGUAUGUGAUGUGACUGAACAUUAAGCAGAAUAGAUCUUAACAUCUGUGUCAGUCACUAAUGAACUGACUGCAGUUUGAACCGUGAUAUUUUAAUGUUGUGAAACUAGGGGCUGGGUACCCUAACUGUUCUUACUUAUUCCAGUUAAAUCGGUGGAUCGUGGUUGGGGGAGGGGGGCACUGGGUUUACCAAUGGGAGUUUGGGUGGGGGUUUGUGAACCAGGGUUGGGAAAAAGUAGUUUCUGUCUUUUUCUUAUUUAUUGAUUUCUUUGCAGAAGAUCUCAUCUGCGACCGCGAGUCUUUGGGGUGGAUUAAUUGUUUACCGAGAAUGUUUCGGUCUUUGAAACGUUCAUGUCAUUGCCAGGCACUCUCUUUCCAAUAAGAAUGUUCUUUUAGGCACGGUACUGUCUGCGCUUCCAAAUAACUUUAAUUCUGAGACCGUCUACUGCGGGGGCAUUUGUAAUGGUUUUUCUUUUAAACAUCCUGAGCACAAACUAGUUAUCCAACAUUUUAGCAACAUUUUGUUCAUAGGGGUUCACUACAAUAGCAUUUGUUAAUAGCAACACUUCAAACAACUGUAAAAUUAACUUAUGUGGUGGGUGGCGUGUUUAAAAUUGAGCCUGUCCAGUGAUAUUUGAGUGUAACUUAAGUAUUUAAAUGGUCUAAGGCUGUCGAAUGAAAUCUUUUCUAAAUGAGCUGCUUUUUGUAACCUUUCAGCGGUAGCAAGAACUGAAUGUCUUUUUUUUUUUUUUUAAUCCAUAAUGUAAGAUCAGGAGUGCUUUACAAUAAUGUAACACCAGGUUUCCUGUGAAUCAAUGUAAAAAGUGCAUCGCCACUCAGAGGGACCCACUGUCAUGGAGGACUUUCUAUGUUCCUGUUAAGAAAGCAGUUUGAAUCAUUUUGGCUCAGUUUUGCAUAAGUGUAGUGUCUCCCAAAGAUAACUGUGUUCAUCUGAUAUCUAACGGAGGAGGAAACAAUAUCCACACUUACUGGAAAUCCCUGUUGAAAUGGACCUGAACAGCUUCAAGACACAUGCCAGAUACUGGGCUGCCUCUGGAGACUUACAGGGGCACUAGAGGGGGGAAUCCAGACUUAACACAGCUGUUUGUUUCACAGAUGAAGAGAAUGAGCGAGCUGUAUCUGAGUAGUUUCUUUAUCUUUUUUGUCUUUUCAUAUCUGUAGGUGAAUUGCAAUACUUGUGUCUAUAGUUUCCGAGGUGUCAGGGGUGUUCAGUUUGCAAUAAAUGGUAUAUUCUGCUGUG